CCAAAAUGCUGGGCUAAUUGUGGUUGGAAGUGAAUUAUUUGGAACAAAUCCACCACUUGUGGAUGAUGUUCUUUCAAAAGCAUUUCAAUUGGACAAGAAAAUGAAGGAGGUGGAUGGUGAUGAUGAUGGUGGUGAUGGUGAUGAUGAUGGUGGUGGUGAUGGUGGUGGUGAUGGUGAUGGUGGUGUUGGGGGUUCUACCGGAGGUUGUGGAAUAGUUGGGGGUUCUGCUGGAGGUGAUGGAAUAGUUGGGGGUUCUGCCGGAGAUGGUGAACUACUGGGGGUUUGUGCCGGAGAUGGUAAAAUACUGGGGGUUUGUGCCGGUGAUGGUGAACUACUGGGGGUUUGUGCUGGAGAUGGUGGACUGCCUUGGGUUUCUACUGGAGGUGGUGAACUGCCAGGGGAAUCUACUGGAGGUGGCGAACUACCUGGGGAUUUUUCUGGAGGUGGUGGAGUAUCGGGGGUUUCUUCUGGAGGUGGUGGAGUACCGGGGGCUUCUUCUGGAGGUUGUGGAGUACCUGGGGUUUCUUCUGGAGGUGGUGCAGUACCGGGGGAUUCUUCUGGAGGUUGUGGAGUACCUGGGGUUUCUUCCGGAGGUGGUGGAGUAACGGGGGUUUCUUCUGUAGGUGGUGGACUACCUGGGGUUUCUUCUGGAGGUGGUGCACUACCUGAGGUUUCUUCUGGGGGUGGUGCACUACCUGAGGUUUCUUCUGGAGAUGGUGAAACAACCGGACUUGCCACAUCUGGAGAUUCAUCUGAAGGAGGAGGGGUAAUCGAAAGAUCAUCAAAAGCAGACAAAAAAUUUAUUGGGAAUUUUUUAUCACGAAGGAUAUCUAAAUGA